AUGACCCUCUUCCGAGCCUGCCUCGAUCUCCACGCCGGCCAAGUUGAGCACCACCACUCUCCCCCCUCUUCCCUCCUCACCAUAUCUCAUCCGAUUCUUCCCCAGGUCAAGCAGAUCGUCGGUGGCUCAUUGGACCUGCGCCCAGCAAACGACGAGGUUGCCCGGCGAGCACUAGAAUCCUGGCCGGGCCAGAUCCAGGUCGGCGGAGGGAUCAACCUGGAAAACGCACAGCAGUGGAUCAACGCCGGCGCAUCAAAGGUUUAUCUCCCAAAGUCAAAGCCAUCCCCACCCCAGAUUCGAGCAGCUCUGGCCGCUCGAGAAAUUCUUGAGACCGGGAGGGCGGUGGGAAUGGACAGCGCCGUGGAAGGGAUUCUUCGUCUUCUUCAUCUGAUCAAAGAAAGCUUGCUUGGAUUCGACGGACGUGGCGGCCCGAGUUUAAUGUCUGAUUUUAACGGCUUGCCCGAUUCAACCACCUCAAAUUAUCAUACCGAAAGGUUCCCUGAAGCUGGUGAGAGCUCUUCCCAGCUUUCAUGGGAUAUGAGGACGCGGUCCUCCCCAUCCCGUUCCCCAUCUUACGAUCCGAGUGAGCCUGCGAAAUACCUCGACAUGAACACUUCUGCUCACCUCGGCUCCUCAGCUCUCAUCUCGUCCCUGCGUACAUCAGGGGGUUCUCCCUCCAAAAUCGUGGCUCAUGGCGGCACUCGAGAACCUGAUAAAAGAAGUCUGAUUGAUAUACAUCAUCUAACGAACCAUGUGCCGAGAAGAAGGUUAACUGUCGAGCAGGAACAGAUACUCUUGAGGCGUUUCGCAGUUCAAGAGUAUCUUAGUAAACGUGAGAUGGAAGAACUCGCGGAGAAGUUAAAAAUACCAACAAGUCAAUUGAGGACAUGGUUUGGGAAUAGGAGAUCAAAGCUUAAAGCUGCUGUUAGACAGAAGGCAAAGAUGGAGGCGGGAAUGGGGCACUUGACUGACGCCGAACUCAGAAGCCUCAGCAAGAGAAGCUAA